CAAAGGUGGGAAAUGGUGGAAAUGCAAAUUGCAAUCAUAAAUGAAUCAUUCAAGAAAUUUACCAUUCUCGACUUUGGAGCUCUCUCAUACUUGUAUAUAUUUGCAUUCUUUAGCUUUCUUUCAUUAAUUUGUCUCUCUCAUACUCCAGAACUUCAAUAUCAUGACAAUUCUACCCACUGAAACUCACAUAUUGAUCUUCCCUUUCCCAGCGCAAGGACACAUGAUGCCUCUCCUUGAUCUAACCCACAAGUUAGCCACCCAUGGUCUAACCAUAACCAUUUUGAUCACCCCCAAAAACCUCCCUUUCUUAAACCCUCUUCUCUCUCUCCACCCAUCAAUCAAAACUCUAGUCCUUCAUUUUCCCACCCAUUCAUCGAUCCCAUCUGGAGUAGAAAACGUCAAGGACAUGCCUUCAAACCCUGUUCAUAUCAUUACCAUGAUUCGCAUCCUAGCUGAGCUUCGCGAUCCUUUGCUCCGUUGGUUCAAAUCCCACCCUUCACCGCCAGUCGCCAUAAUAUCUGAUAUGUUCCUUGGCUGGACCAACCAUUUAGCCAGGCAGCUCAACAUUCGCAGGAUUGUGUUCUCUCCUUCUGGUGCCAUGGCUUUGUCGGUCAUUUAUUCCCUCUGGCGAGACAUGCCUAAGAGAAACCAAAAUGAACUGGUUUCGUUUUCCAGGAUUCCAAAUUCUCCAGAAUUUCCAUGGUUUCAGAUUUCUACUAUUUAUCGCACCUAUGUUGAAGGAGGAACAGAUUCGGAGUUCAUCAAAGAUGCCUUUUGUGCUAAUCUAGCGAGUUGGGGCCUUGUUGUCAACUCGUUCACUGAGUUGGAAGGUGUUUAUUUGGAUCAUUUAAAGAAGGAAUUCGGUCAUCACGAUCAUGUGUGGGCGGUAGGACCUUUGUUCCCCCAUCCUGGGCCCAGCUCUGUUCCGGUGGACGAUGUAUUGACGUGGCUUGACAGGUGUGAAGAUAAUAAGGUAGUUUAUGUAUGUUUUGGGAGUCAAACUUCGUUGACCAAUGAUCAAAUGGAACAGCUUGCUUCAAGUUUGGGGAGAAGUAGGGUUAAAUUCAUAUGGUGCAUCAGGGAGGAGGAACACGUGAGAGGAUAUAACCUGAUCCCAUCUGGGUUUGAAGAUCGGAUGGCUGGGAGGGGACUCAUAAUACGAGGGUGGGCUCCACAGGUAUUGAUUCUAAGUCACCCAGCCGUGGGUGCGUUCUUGACUCAUUGCGGCUGGAACUCGGUCCUCGAAGGGCUAGCAGCCGGCGUGCCAAUGCUUGCAUGGCCUAUGGGGGCUGACCAAUUUGUGAAUGCUAGUCUAUUGGUGGAUAAGUUGAAGGUGGCUGUAAGGGCGUGUGAAGGAGCCACAACCGUGCCAAACUGGGAAGAGUUGGCACGAGUUAUAAAGGAAUCGGUGAGCGAAAACCGAGUGAACAGGGAGAGAGUCCAAAAGUUAAGUAGUGUGGCAGUGGAUGCUAUUAAAGAUGGUGGUGGAAGUUCGGUGAAGGGUUUGGAAAUGUUGGUGCAGAAUCUGGUUAAAUUGAAGCUAAAGUCAAGUGAUUUAUGAAACUCAACAUUGGAUGUUUGAACUUGUAUUUUUUAUGUUUCCUUGUCUAGAGAUUUAUUCUCGUUUGCUUGAUGAUUGGUAAAAAAAUUCUCUAUGCGGACAAACUCAUUUGAUUUACCACUCA